CGCAGUAGUCAGGCAGUCAUAAGCAGAGAGAAGAAGAACAAAGCAACUCUCGUGUGUCAGCAGUCAGCUUCAGCUUUGAAUGAAUUGUAUCUUAUUAAUGUAGCACCUGACCCAUUAAUUUUGUUGUGUUUUGACAAGUGGACCUCUUCUGAUGGUGUAGCGUUGCCAAGCUUGCCCACCAGCAUGUCUGUUUCCGUUAUUAUAAAGUGGGGUGGACAGGAGUACUCCAUUAGCACACUGUCUGAGGAGGACACUGUGUUGGAUCUGAAACAGUCCAUUAAAUCUCUCACAGGAGUUCUCCCAGAACGACAGAAGCUCCUGGGACUGAAAGUGAAAGGUAAACCAGCAGAUGAUGAUGUCAAACUGGGUGACUUGAAGUUGAAGCCCAAUACCAAAAUUAUGAUGAUGGGAACCAGAGAAGAAAGUCUGGAAGAUGUCUUGGCGCCUCCACCAGAAAAUGAUGAUGUGGUCAAUGACUUUGACAUUGAAGACGAAGUAACUGAGGUUGAAAACAGAGAGGAGAAUUUGGCCAAGAUAGCUCGUCGGGUGAAAGACUAUAAAGUUGAGGAGUUAAAUCCCCCAAGACCUGGAAAAAGAUUGCUCGUUCUAGAUAUUGACUAUACGCUCUUUGAUCAUAAGUCAUGUGCAGAAACAGGCCAGGAGCUGAUGAGACCAUACUUGCAUCAAUUUCUUACAUCAGCAUAUGAGGACUACGAUAUUGUCAUCUGGUCUGCAACAAGUAUGAAGUGGAUUGAUGCUAAAAUGAAAGAACUGGGGGUGACUGACAACCCAAACUAUAAGAUCACCUUCAUGUUGGAUAGUGCAGCUAUGAUCACUGUGCACACACCUAAAAGAGGAGUCGUAGAGGUGAAGCCUUUAGGAGUCAUAUGGGGUAAAUAUAGUGAGUUCUACAACAGGAAGAACACAAUUAUGUUUGAUGACAUCGGAAGAAACUUUCUCAUGAAUCCACAGAAUGGACUGAAGAUCAGACCGUUCAUGAAGGCACACUUAAACCGUGAGAAAGACAAAGAACUCUAUAAGCUGUCUCUGUAUCUGAAGGAGAUUGCUAAACUUGAUGACUUCUCAGGUCUCAACCACAAGCACUGGGAAAGGUACCUUUCAAAGAAGCAGAAUCAAUAACAUCUUCAGCACUGAGGAGAAUCUGCUGUCUAGAAAGAUUUGGUGCUGGAAACUCCAUCCUUACGAAACAACUGCUGGUCCAAAGAUCAGCUUCUCUGUAUCUUGCGUUGUUCAUCUUGCAUCUCUUUAUAGUGGUCAUUACUGCAGGACAAAUGUGAUUCUAGCACUUGUAUUUCUCAGAACACUGUUUACCUCAACAGGCCAAUGAAUGCAUUCAACAAAAUAAUAGCAUUGACUACAUUUAAAACAAGCAUGAUGCUUCUCUUACAUCACUUCCUGCCUGACACAUUCUUCUUAUAAUUAAUGUCAACUUUUAUUAGGUGGUAACUUGAAAAUUAUUGUUAACGUCUGAUUGAAAGAGCAUAUAAUGCAUAUGUAAUUGUUUUUUGUAAAAUCUUAGUUCAUGCUUAGCUUUGUGUGAGUGUGUGAGUGAGAUCUCGUAGAACUUGAAUGCUUACAGGAAGGUGUAAUAGAUCCGUGUCUUCAGUAUGACCAGUAUAACUGAUCAUGUCUUGAAAGAAGCAAUAAUUCUGGACAACAUGAUUCUGUCUGAAUGGCUCUAAAUUCCAAAAAAAGUUUUUAUUUCAGACAACAAAAAAGAGGUUAAAAUAGAUGAACAUGCAUUUGCAUCUUUAUCAGCAGAUUAAAACAGUUCUCCAAAUGAACGAUAAUGUUUUUUUGUUUUUUUUGUUCUCUAGAGCGGUCACAUUAUUCUAAGGAGAUAAAGAAGUCAUAUCAAAAUAGCCUGGCAGGUUAUGAUUAUUAUUAUUAUUUAUUGAUUUAUUAUUUAUCUAUCAGGUCAUAGAAUCAAGCUUGUUAAUAUUUCUCCCCCUUCAGUUUUUGACAGUAUGUGUUGACAUCAAAGACAGUAGAUAUUACUUGCGUACAGUGGGGAAAAUAUU